CUUCUCGCAUCUUCUGCUCUACAGGUGGUGAAAAGUUCGAUUAUUUUUCCAAAUUUAGGAUAUUGUGACCGCAGGGGGGCGCUGUUGCUUCUGUAACCCUUAAUUAAUUGGCUCUGACAUUUUAGAUCACUUCAUUGCUGGUUGUGACGUAAGCAGGGCGUAACACGGUGCCACAUGCUGAUAGCUGUUAUCAGAAGCCGCCUGUCGGUCAUGAAGGACGAAGAGCAGGAGGGCUCGUUGUCCCGCCGGGAUCUCUUUGAAGACUACCGGAGCUGCUUCCUCCGCCCCGGAGCCGAGGUUCGGCCGUGUCGGGACCCCGGGCUUCUGAAGAGGGCGGCCCAGUUCCUGCUGAGGACGUCGGAGCUGAGAGACACUUUCACGCUAUUCCCGUUCUGCCAGGCGGUGACGGAGAGGUGUGUUGUCGGCACCGACGGCAGGAAGCACCUGGCAGCCUUCAUCAAAGCCACUGAGAUGCUGGAGAGCCUCUGCAUCAACAUGUUCCUGCAGCCCUGGAAGAAGGAGAUCCGGUCUCUGAAGACGUUCACGGGUGCCUUCGUUUACUGCCUGCUGCCGGUUCUCAGCAGCUCCACUAUCCAGGCUGUUCUGGCCUGUAUGGGCUACCGGCCCAGCAGCGACGCCCCCCAGAGUGAGUUCACACUAAGUUCUGAUGCUGAUGCAGAUCGAGCUCUGCUGCUGGGAUUUGAGCUGCUGCUGGCCAGACUGGAAUGUUGUCGCCUCCUGGAUCUGCUGCUGGAGCACCAACUGGGACCACAGGAGUGGUUGGAUGUUCUCCAGAGAAGUAAGCAGCCUUCUAAGUUGGUAGAUCCCACAGAAAAGCAGACUGUGGCGGAGCAAAGGAAAGACAACGACGAGAAGAGGAAGGAGUCGGAUAAGAGAGAGGAGUCACAGCAGCCUGAGUCCAGGCUUCUAUCGGUUCCUCAGCCAAAGCCUCGGCGUCAUCGGCCCAGCGUAGACCAGUCAGACAUGGAACUGCAGUGGCAAUACCCAGACCUGGCCUUCAGGGGUCGCCCUCUGUUGCCAGACCAACCUCCCAAAGCAACCGCUGCCAUGACCGGCGGUGUACCUGACAGCACUUCUGUGCUUCCAAAGACCAACCUGACCAAAGAGGACAGAGAUGUUUCUCCAUCAGUCUCCACUGGUGACGAUGGUUGGAAUGACUCCAGCUGCUUCAGGAACUCUGAUGAAAGCAGAGCCCAUGAUGAUGAUGAUGGAGAUGAUGACCUUAGUGGUCCUCAAGCCAUUUCUCUUCAUAUCACACUGAGGACAGGAGGCAAAGCACAGGCAGGCAAGAAACGAGGAAGAGUUCAGCCAACCUCAGAGACUUCUGAUGAUGCACAGAAAACACCAAGCUUAGAGAAUGUGGUGGCUGACAAACCGGAGUCUUCCUCGUUGAGCUCCAUUGAUGAAGAGCAGCAGCUGAGAGCGCUGGCGGAGCGGAUGGGACAGCUUUCUGUGCAGGGAGAUCAAGAGAAGGCAACGGGAAGAGAGGAUGACGGGAAGGCAGAGGGCCGCAAGGACAGACAAAAACAGAGGACCAACCUCUGAGAGGGCCCUUAAAGGGCUUUAAAAUAUUUAGCAGUUUUUUUUUUUUUUCUUUUUUAAUUUUCCACCUCGUUUGGUUUCAUGACUAUUUGAACCAAUCGGAUGCAGAGCCAUGGGCAGUGUGUCACCAGGCCACUGGGGCCAACCAGAGCAAUCUAAGCUUUUUGAAGAAGAGAAUGUUGGAGCCAUUUAAUUUUUUGCUGGGUGUCUGAUAUGAGCAGGCUUUAAAUAUUCUAAUAACUGCAAUAAUGAUUUAUUGUUCAAAUAAAUAUGCUGGUAAUGUUUCAGGAUCAGGAUGAUCUGCACAGAGAUCAGAAAUAAAAACAUAAAGACAAACUAAUGUGAACAUCCAGAACCCACCCG